AUGGGAAGCUCGUCACAAAAUUUAAAAUCAACUGACUUGAAACCUUUAUUUGAAUUCUUAAUAAAUGAUGAAGCUGUGGGAGAUAUUCAUGCACAAGUGCGACAAAAAUUAUUAGAGGCAGGUUUGGCAGUUAUCGACGCUCACGGUAGUAAGAACGUUGCUUUACUAAUGUCUGUGUUUGAAAAUUAUUUGGAUAAACCUGCUGAGCCGACAGAAACACAUGACCGUAUUCGUGAAUCUGUU